AUGGCAAGUGCUUCUAGCACUAGGAACUCCCAAUUCAGAACAGAGCCAGGCUCUCCACUAUGGAAAUAUGUGGAAAUGGUUCAACAACUACCAGGUGGAGGAGGUUUCCUUUGGAUUUGCAGGCAUUGCAAAGAGGAAUAUAAAAGCUCUUAUAGUAGAGUGAAAGCACAUUUGUGCUUUAUCCCUAAAAAAGGCAUCAACUUUUUUCCAAGCAAGUCAAAAGUUCCAGGGCAGCCUGCACCUAAAACCUUGCUUGCAAACUCUAUUGUACUAAAAUAUAUUGAAGAGCAAAGACAAACAGAUGAAGCAGUUGGGAAUGUAGUUACUCAUACUUUGGAAAGGUCUAGAAGUAAAAAAGCAACAAAAGCCUCUAUGUCUUCAACUUCCAAUGAACAAUUCGUAGAAGGCCAUCCAUUCUUGAAUCUUCCUGAACAACCAGUGACAAAUAAAAGAGCAAAGGGGCCCUUGGAAAUGUCAUUUCAGAAUGUGGCUAGAGAGGUUGCCGAUGAAGACAUAGGUAGAUGCAUCUAUGCAAAUGGAUUGGCAUUUAAUGUUGUUCGCUCACCGUAUUGGAAAAAAAUGGCGAGAUCAAUUAAUGAGGCUCCAAGGGGGUUUAAGGGCCCAGGGUAUGAGAAGGUGCGCACCACUUUAUUGGACAAAGAGGUGAAAAAUGUAGAGAAUUCCUUGAAGCCUAUUAGGGAUUCAUGGAUUGAAAUAGGUGUGUCCAUAGUAUUAGAUGGAUGGAAAGAUGCAAGAAAUCACCCUUUGGUCAAUGUUCUUGGAGUGUCCACCAGAGGUGCAAUGUUUUUGAGAGCAGUGGAUUGUGAAGGGCAAGUGAAGGAUGGUCCAUUCAUUGCAAACAUUCUUUUCCAAGCCAUUGAGCAAGUUGGCCCUCAAAAUGUUGUUCAAGUUGCCGAGACUCGUUUUGCCUCCCACACUAUUGUUCUGAGACGUCUUGUGAAGGUUAAAGAGGCAUUGUCUAAAAUGGUAACCAGUGCUAAUUGGAGCAUAUGGAGGCAAUCUAUGGGUACAAGGGGAGCUGCCAUUAAGGCAAUGAUACUAGAUGACUCUUGGUGGGAUCUUGCUGAGUACCUCCUGAGAUUUACGGAGCCCAUAUUGAGCAUGAUCUGA